AUGUCUGGCUGUUUCCCAAGAGAAUGUGACCAUCAUUGUGCAAAAGUUUGUCGCCAAUACGUAUGCACUUGUGAUUAUGAAUCAGGUCCCACGUCAGAUCCUUCACGACAAAGAAUCUGUUGCCAGUGGGAGUGGAGACUUCCAAACUCUCGGAAUAAAUCCGUAUGUGAUACGAAAGGAGACGCUCUGACCCGUUACUUUGGCAUUGCAAGAUCGUUCCGUGACCCUCACGAUCCAGUUCGAUUCACAGGUGUCAAUCACAUUCCCAAGUUCUUACACACCGAUCUAUCGUCGUUGGAUUUUGAUUACUCCAACAUUCUAAAAGAACGUGAACUGAUGCUUGCCUGCAAAGACACCGGUCCAGGAUAUUAUCAAUUCAGCAGCAUCAGGCCGUACAACAAGACAAACGAAGAUGGGCUUGGGAUGCCGGAGGGAGAGUUGAAGUUGAUGGACCGAGAGUCGGACAAAGGUCAAUCAAAGCGCAGUUUGCCUGGAAGAACUUCAAUCCAGUCACGCAGUCAUGGUCAAAUGAAGUACUUGGAUUAG